AUGCCCUACCGACCGCUCGACUUUGCCGAGGGCGACCCCGACCCACCUCAUCAUUCAACGCCCGCGUACCCUGCCUACGACCCGCCCUCUGCCGCGCACGACUCGGCCGGCAUUCGCGCUGUGCCCUACGACAACGACGACGAGGCCGCCUUCAUCGGCGGCCAGAGCGCGCGCCGCCCGCCGAGCUUCCGCACCCACGACGACCACUCGCCCCUCGCCGGCGGCGCCGCCUCGCACGGCGCAGGCCAGUACCUCGGCGACCGCGACGCCUCGAUGUCGUUCGAGCAGUCGACGCGCCUCACGCGCGCGUACGAGUCGCACCACGAGAUCUACGACCCGGACCUCGAGCUCCGGCUCGAACCGCCUGCGCCGCUGUACACGAGCGCGAGGCGGCGAGCAGACGGCGAGGCGAGCGAGGGCGCGAGGGCAGAGUGGGACGAGGACGUCAAGGACCCCGGCGAGUUCGAGGACAGCUUCGAGGCGGGCAGGGAGGGCGACGCCGAUGGCGACGAGCACGACGACGCCAACAGCCCGGCGCUCAGCUUUGCGGGAGGCUUUGGAGCACCGCCAACGACCGCGCACUUGCGCCGCAAGAACCUGCAGAACCGCCGCAUCAAGCUCACCGAGGGCAACCUCGUCAUCCCCUGUGCCGUCCCGACUCGCCUGCUCGGCUUUUUGCCCCGCAAGGACGGCGACGAGUUCGUCCAGACGCGGUACACGGCCGUCACGUGCGCGCCCGAGGACUUUGACGCGCGCAACUACACGCUGCGGCCGUCGAUGUACGACCGCCAGACCGAGCUCUUCAUCGUCGUCACCAUGUACAACGAGGACGAGCAGCUCUUUUGCCGGACGAUGCACGGCGUCAUGAAGAACAUCUCGCAGCUCUGCAAGCGCAAGAAGUCGGCGACCUGGGGGCCUGACGGGUGGAAGAGCACGUCCUCGCUCGUCGUCGUCUGCAUCGUCGCCGAUGGGCGUAAGGCGAUCCACCCUCGCGUCCUCGACUGCCUUGCCGCUCUCGGCGUCUACCAGCCCAACGUCGCGACCAACCAGAUCGACUCGCAACCCAAGGGCAUCGUGCCCUGCCAGAUCAUGUUCGCCCUCAAGGAGAAGAACGCCAAGAAGAUCAACAGUCACCGGUGGGCGCUCCAGGCGUUCGCGCCGCAACUCGACCCGCGUGUCGUCAUCCUCAUCGACGUCGGCACCACGCCCGAGAAGGGCUCGAUCUACGAGCUGUGGAAGGCGUUCGACCUCAACUCGAACGUCGGCGGCGCGUGCGGCGAGAUCGUCACGAUGAAGGGCAAGUUCUGGACCGGCCUGCUCAACCCUCUCGUCGCCGCGCAGAACUUUGAGUACAAGAUCUCGAACAUCCUUGACAAGCCGCUCGAGUCGAUUUUCGGCUACAUCUCGGUCCUCCCAGGCGCCUUCUCGGCCUACCGCUACAUCGCGCUCAAGAACGACGAGCUCGGCCAUGGACCUCUCGCGAGCUACUUCAAGGGCGAGACGCUGGCGGGCCACGACGCCGACCUGCAGACGAGCAAUAUGUACCUCGCCGAGGACCGCAUCCUCUGCUGGGAGCUCGUCGCCAAGCGCGGCCACGCGUGGGUCCUCAAGUACGUCAAGGCGGCCAAGGGCGAGACGGACGUGCCGGACACGAUCGCCGAGUUCAUCGGGCAGCGCCGGCGGUGGCUCAACGGCUCGUUCUUCGCCGGCGUGUACGCCCUCAUGCACACGCUCCAGCUCCUCGACACGCAGCACUCGAAGCGCAAGGUCUGCUUCCUGUUCCUCCAGGCCGUGUACAAUCUGGUGAACGUCCUCUUCGCGUGGAUCGGCCUCUCGUCUUACUGGAUCUUCUUCAUGGUGCUCACGACCUCGCUCGAGGACCCGACCUUCAACAUCCCGCAUAUUGCCGUCGCCAACCGCAUCAUGCAGUACGCCUACAUCGGCGCCGUCAUCGCGUCCUUCCUCCUGUCGAUGGGCAACAGGCCGAAAGCGGCUCAGCUCAAGUACCUGAUCGUCAUCAUCAUCUUCUCGACUACGACGGCGUACAUGUUUGGCGCUGCAGGCUUUUGCGUGUACAAGGCGAUACAGCGCUCCGGCGAGAGCCUCCUCAUGGCCCAGAUCGUCAUCUCGCUCGUCUCGACUUACGGCGUCUACGUCCUCGCAAGCCUCAUCGCGCUCGACCCCUGGCACCUCGUCACGUCUAUGGCCCAGUACAUGCUCGCCGCACCGAUCUACAUCAACUUGCUCAACAUCUACUCGUUCAGCAACCUGCACGACUUUUCCUGGGGCACCAAGGAGCAGAACGAGUCGCUCAUCGACCUCGGCAUCACGCGCAAGGUCGGGCAGAACGAGGUCGACAUGGCGUUGCCCGCCGACCAGACCGACAUCGACGUCGUGUACGACCGCUCGCUGCACAACCUCAAGACGCGGCCGAUGAUCGUCCCGCCGCCGCUCUCGAACAAGCAGAAGGAGGAGGCCGUGCGCGACCACUACCAGAGCAUCAGGACCAACGUCCUUCUGUCCUGGGUCUUGACCAACGCUCUUCUCAUCGCCGUCAUCCUCGAGGGCGACUAUGCCUCUACGUUCAGCUCGGGAGGGGGAAAUGGCAGGACUCAGAUCUACCUCGUCAUCGUCCUCGUCUUCGUCGCCAUCCUGUCCCUCAUCCGCUUUGUCGGCUCGACGGCCUACGUCAUCGACGGCUACGUGCGGCUCAUCGGCACCUUCGUGCAGCGCAAGCUGUUCGCUCGUCGCCAGGUCGGCCAGCAGUCGCAACUGCGACGUCGCGCACCCCUGAGCGAGGUCGGCACCGAGGUCAAGAGCGACAAGGUGGACGCUGCAGACGACGACGCAGGGAGCAUUGUCGAGCGGGACGGAGCGAGCGAGAUGCCGUCGUCGUCGUCGGCGAGGAGGACCGACAGCGCGUGGUACAUGCGCGGUUGAACCGCUCCCGCCCAGUACCUUUACUUUACUGUGCCCUCCCUUUGUCCUAUACCUUCGUAUUUCGAGC